AGGGCCUGCAGGGCCGCUCGUAAGCUGUGGGGGCGGGGAAGAGUUCCACAUACGCGCCAGUUGCCCGGUAACCACUGGCAACAGAACACAAGCCGGCAGCCUCGUUCCGGCGGCGACGCACGCUACCCUACCCCUUCCCGCCGCCAGUGCUCUCGUCGGCCCACACGGCUCCACCCUGACGCAUGCGCCGCCGCCCGUUGCCCAGGAGCCCGCAAGCGGAACCGGAAGGGCGAGUGGUUGCCAGCACUGAUUGCCAUGGCGACAGGGCGUCGCGCGGGGGGCGACGGCAGCGGCCUGCGCUACUCGGCGCUGCCGCGGCGGACUGGGCUGCCCCGCGCCGUACUGCGCUGGCUGCAGAGCCUCGACCUCAGCUUCUUCCCCCGCCGCUUCGGUCGGGACUUCGCUAACGGCGUCCUGGUGGCGGAGAUCUUCUCGUGGUAUUUCCCGGGAGACCUGCGCCUCGGCGCCUUCCAAAACGGCACCUCCCUGCACACCAAGCUCUGCAACUGGGCCCGCCUGCAGCAGUUCUUCCUAAAAAGAAAGCUGAACCCUGUUCAGGAGCUCAUUAAUGGGACGAUGCACUGUAAACCGGGAGCUGCAGAGAUUCUGGUGCAAGACAUCUACUCCAUGCUGACAAACAGGCGAAUUAAGAAUAUUCAGGAUGAGGAGGUUGACUUUACAGACCGUUACUAUCAGGAGCAGUUACCAAUGGUUGCCAGAUCAACAGCAUCAAAGGCUAUCAAAAAUAACAUUAAGCUAACAGAAGUAAUGAUAGAGCCAAGCAUUAAAAAAAAUAGACAGAAGGUUAACGCUAUCAUCAAUAUGCAUAUGCAACAGAGACUGCUAGAAAGGGAAGAGAACCCAAAGCGGUUUAACGUGAAACCAAGCUUGGGAGAACGUGCUGUUCGUCAUCCUUGUCGUCUUGCUUCUACUGAGAUGAUCAUUAAUAGCCAAAGGGAAAAACUUCCUUCUGUGUCCUAUGUGGGUCUACCAGAAAUCAGAAGAAAAACUUCUGUUCAUUUCAAAGAAAUCCAAGUGAAACAAGCAGACAGAUCCUCUUUGUCUGUGGAGUAAGUGUGGCAUUCCAGGCAUCUCAAGAAAAGAACUAACUGAACACUGGAAAGUAAUCUUGGAGAGGUCUGACUUCUGAAAUGAACAAACACUGAUUAUAAAUCCCUUAUAAAACCAAUUUGUUGGGGGGGGGGGGGAAGAGGAAGACACCCUGAUUGGGUUCAGUGUCUGGUAAGUAGAAUAUUGUUUCCUUCUAGUGAAUGCCAUUUAAAACUUGGUAUGCAUUAAAAAGUGCAACAAGCUUAAAUGUCUCUAAAGCAGUAUCUAAAACCUAUCAUCAGAGUUUUCCUGUUUUUAGAAGGGUGUCUUCACUGACUUGGUAUUGUACUUGCUGUUACAACCUAGGUCCCUUUUAGGCUUGAUUAGAGUGAAUGGCCUUACUAUUUCAAAUCCUUUAUUAUUGAAAUGCUGCUUUUAAGGUUUUCAGUGAUGAUGGUGUAUGACCUUUUUGUACCUUGUGGAAUGUGCCGAGGUUAAUAAAUCUGACGAUUGUGCCUGGUGUCUUUGUACCUUGGCAUAUUAUAAAAGUGUGAAUUGUCUUUUUACUAAUCACUCCUUUGUUUGGAAUAAGUGUUUUAUGGUUAAUUUUAUCUAAAUCAAAGCUAAUUCUGGCUUCUGUUGCCUUAAUAAAUAUACAACUCUGAAGGAAGUGCUAUACAUUAAGAAGUUUUCUUUUUUGGAGAAAUAAAUAUUGCUCUGAUUGGUUUAAAAGAUAUUGCAUCCAUUGUUAAGGCUGCAACAUUUCAUUAGUGAUCAUCAUCUUAUAAAUGUCUCAAAAAUGAACAGGUCUGGAGUCUUAUUUUAGAGACAUGUCAGUUUUAAAGACAGUUUUAAACACAAGGAAAGUAAUAGGAACAAGAGUCUGGUUUUACAGUUUAACAUUUGGCAUUGCUUUCCACUCAGUGAAGCACAGAACAACUGCAACAAUUUUGAAAAAUCCAUUAUCACUUUGACAAAAAGGAUUUUAAGAGGUAAUUUACUAGUUUAAAACUUACCCCAAAGUCUCUAAAAUUAGAAUAUCUUUUUGAUACCUGCUAGACAAAAGUAUAUGUAAAAUAACAUUUCUUCUUAUGGAAUGCUAUAAAGGUAACACUAUAGAAAAAAACACACAUUGUUUGAAGGUGAAGAAAUGAGAAAGGUUUUUAAUUUCAAGGGGAAAUACCUCUUUUUGAUCAGUUCUGCUUGACAGUGAAGUCACAUUUUAGCAAACAACCUGAAAUUGUUUUAAAAACAUUGAUACAGCUAUGUUUGAACAGUUGUGACUAGAGUUGUUACAAUAAAUGUACCUCUUACAACAACAGUUUUCAGUUUUUUCUUCUCCAUAUAUGGUAAAGACUACCAUAAAGUAAAUGCACCAUCAUUUUUGUUGACAAUGACUGUUACCUGACAUUUUCCUCAU